UCUUUUGCGAAGGCUUCAGGGGUUCGGCUGAAUCCAAAAUAGUGGAUUCGGUGCAUCCCUAAUAAAAUACUCUGGGCCAUCCUCCAGUAUGUUGGAACACGUGAUUUAAAAAAUGCUAUCAAUUACAAUGAAACAGAACUAUAAAACCAAUAAAAAUGUUUAUAUAAUGAAAGCUGCUUAUUAUUUGAUUGAAGACACCUACAUCUGAAAAGCAUUGUUGCCAAGUGGUAACAUAUUUCUUUGUUAAUUGAAACUAUGCAAUUGCAGUAACAAAUCCUGGGCCUAUCGUACACUUUAGUAGCACAGACUUUGUCCUGUAAUAAAAUAAGCUGGGGUGGAGCCCGUGACUAUAGGUUCUUAUCUUUCCUUUUACAGAUGUUAGAUAUUUCCCAGGCAGCAGACUGUUUGCAAGUAUCACUAAUUACUAGUAAUAUUUUGCUCUUGUGCAUUCUCUUAAGUGGGAUUGCCAUCUAGAUUCAGUGAGCUUCAUGUAAAACCUCGAUUCCCUGGGCAUCGGAAGAGGAGAUCAAAACUCAAAGUCAGAAUGACAGACACGGAGAACCAGAAAUCAUUUCUGCACAAGAGGGUUCGUCCUAGUCACAUAUGAACUAGACUUCAUAAACAAGCACAGGGAUCAUGGGAAGACCUUUAUUUGUAUCUUUGAUCACGCUGCUCAUUUCUGAGCUUGUGCCAAUUACAAGUCAAUAUCCUUCUUACCUGAAGCAUGAAGAAUGUCGGUGGGAUGAAAUGAACUCGUUAGAUUGCUCUUUCACUGGGAUCACAGCUCUUCCAAACUACUCAAUCCUAUGGUCAACCAAGAUGGAGGGUUUAAAUCCUAGAACUUUCAUCCACUCCAUUAAACAAGUAAAUCUGAGCAACAAUGCCAUCUCAGAAUUGUCUUUAGGUGUCUUCUACAAUUUUACGGAGCUGGAAAUGUUAAAUUUUAAUGACAAUGAUAUUUUCAGUGUUUUGUUCAACAUGAAUGUGAGAAACCGUUCAGAGAAGUUCCUGCAAUCUUUGAAAACGCUAUUACUUGAGCGAAACCAGUUAAGUGCGAUUCCAAAAGGGCUUGGCAAGCUACAUUCUCUACAGACUCUCAGCCUGGCAGGCAACAACAUUUCACAGCUUCAGCAGGAUGAUUUCACCAACUGCACUAAACUAAAGAGAAUAGAUUUGGGUAGCAAUGCAAUUUACAAGAUACAUCCAAAUGCUUUCAGUGAUGUCACAGAACUCCAGGUUGUUAUACUCAGCAGCAAUGCGCUGGUCACCAUCACCCCCAUGGCUUUCCUGUAUAUCCAUAUGCUUCAAGCAGAAAUUGAUUUAUCAAACAACCCUUGGGCUUGUGACUGUGGAACCGUUUCCUUGGAAAGAUUAAGUCCAUUAUUACCCAAAGACCUGAUGAAGCAGUGGAACCUUACAUGCAGCACCCCUCCCAGAAGGACACUAACACAUCUACUUACUACUGAUGAUUCCCAUUAUGCCUGUGACUUACUCAUAGAUGAUUCCGUUUUUAUCAAGGGAAUUAUCCUCCCAGCAGGAGAAACAGCAGUUCUUCUUUGUGACCUUCCAGGAACCUUGGGUAAUCAGAGAACUUUUUGGUGGACCCCACAGGGUAUAGUGUCUGAAGAACAUCAUGAUCCCCAUUGUUACAUGAACCAAGAGAAGAACUUGUUACUUCACUCUCCUUUUACUUCUGAAGAAGGUCUAUAUGUUUGCUUUUCUAACGAUAUCCAGAGACUAGCUGCAUACCAGGUAUAUGUGCUGCAAGAUAUUCCACAAGUUCUUAGAAGGAGCCCCAGGUAUAUAGAAACCAGAGAGACACGAAUGAGAACAGAGGGAGAUUUUGCACUGGCAGUCGCCUUGUCCGUGAUCAUCACUUUCUUGUGUUCCUUUUGCCUGGGAGUGUUUCUGCGACCUUUGUUUGAAAAACUGUGGAGGAAACAUUGCAAAAAGAAAACCAGCAAAGAUCAACAGUCAGAUAUUGUCUAUGAGAACACAGGAUACACAGAAGACAGACCAUCAGUAGGCAACUUUUCAAAUACUGAUGUAAAUAGUUUAGAGAGUUUAACUCAACAUAAUAAGAUUUCCUUGGGGCAGGAUAUAUUAGUUCAUGAAUAUGACAUUCCAGAGGCAGUCACUAGUGUAAAUGAAACUACUGUGGUCAUAAAACCUCUCAGGUUUCCAAAGUUUGUUGUGGCAAAUAAUGAAUUUAGAAGGCCUUAUAUAGUAAAGAGUAAGAAGAAUAAGCAUCUCGUUCCAAAAGAUGAUUCAAAAAUUUCCCAAAAUCCAACACAGGUAACGGAAGGUAUGACAGACACUGAACAGCAUACAUACAAAGCAGACUCCAGAAUGUAUAAAGAUGAAACAGAUGGUCAACCACUAGCUCAAGGUAGUAAUCAUGUAAAAGCCUCUCACCAUCGCAAGGAGAAGAUUUAUGCUUACUCCUCUGACAGUCAACUUAGUAUAUCAGAUGAUGGCUCAUUAUUCAGUGUCAGCCUUUCCAAUUCAUUAUCAGAUGGUUCGGAAACAAUAGACAUGCACAGUAAUAAUGUAGACAGGCAUCAUAAAUCAUCCAAAGGCUCACAGCAUAAAUACAGAUCUAAUGAUGCAGAUGAGGUUGAAACACACAUAUCACCAUAUAGUGCUUCUUUGCAAACACGUGAUACAGAUGCUCAAUUCCAGAAUGUUCCAUUUGUUCACUUCUAUGACAAAUUGAACAUAGGCAAAAAACUGACUUUCUUUUAUCAUGGAACAUCUGCUAAGAGUACAAAGGAUGCUAUUGAUGGGACCAUAGUGCCUGCUGUUGAUGGUGAUUCAAACAAAAAUGACUCAAUAAGACAAUGGCUGGAUGAUAUUACAGAAAAAAUUGGUGAGUUACAGCUACAUUUAACUACAGCUAGACCUGGCAGUCAUGAUGAAGACUCUUCCAUAUCAGAUGAAGACACAUAUUCUUUCAGCUCGUCACCAGGGCAAAGUGAAAAUAUCUAUACUAUUAAACAUGAUUUGCAGGACUAUGGAACUGAUUAUUCUGAUGCAGAAAUGCACUUACCAUCAAAUAAUUAUGGGCAGGAUACUCCUGACAAUGAGAAUCUGCUGCAUGUUAGUCUUGAUAGGAAAAUACUCCAAGAUGAUAAAAGGACCACACUUAAUGGACAUCUUUUCUAUCCAUCUUCAUCGCAACCAAAAAACAAUGAUGAAAACUAUUUUGGGACAGUGUGCUUUUAUGACAAAGUGAACAUUGGGAAAAAUUUAAAAUUCAUUAGCCAUGAAACAUUAUUUGGAAGUACAGUGGAUGUUAUGGAUAAACCAAUGGUAUUUCCAGUAAUUGGUCAUUUAAAAAAAGCUGGAGAUACAGAUUCAUGGGUGGAAAUGUGUGUAGAUGAAGAUGCUACAAGUAAAUCUCAGCUCUCUUUUUUUAAAUCUGGUGAUGGUAAUUAUUUUCCAAAUGAUGUAGAAUCAACAUCAAGUGAAGACCAGUUUUCUUACCCUUCAUCUCCAGAGCAUUAUGAUAGUACAAAUAUAAUUAAACAACAAGAUUUGGAGGACUAUGGAACUGAUGAUUCUGAUGCAGAAUGGCACUUACAGCCAAAUAAUGAUGGACAGGAUUGGCCUGAAAAUCAGAAUCUGCUGCAUGUUCGUCUUGAUCAGAAUAUACUUCAAGAUGAUAAAAAUCUUUCCCAUCCAUCUUCAUCACAACCAACAAAUAAAAUUGAAAGGAAUUAUGAAACAGUGUGCUUUUAUGAUAAACUGGACAUUGGGAAAAAACUGAAAUUUGUUAACAAUGUAGCAUUAUUUGGAAGUGCAGUGAAUGUUAUGGAUAAACCAAUGGUAUUUCCAGUAAGUUGUGUUGAUCUAAAAAAAUCUGGAGAUACAGAUUCAUGGGUGGAAAUGUGCGUGGAUGAGGAUGUAACAAGUGGCAGUGCAGUGGCUGUUAUGGAUAAACUAAUAGUAUUUCCAGCAAGUGGUGUUGGUUUAUAUAAAGCGGCAGAUACAGAUUUAUGGGUGGAAAUGUGUGUGGAUGAAAAUGUUACAAGUGGACAUGCAGUGGAUGUUAUAGAUAAACCAAUUGUAUUUCCAGUAAGUGGCACUGAUUUAAAUAAAGCUGGAUAUACAGAUUCAUGGGUGGAAAUGUGUGUGGAUGGAGAUAUUACAGGUGACUCUCAGCUCCCCUUUAUCACAUCAGCUAAUUAUUUUACAAAUCAUGAUGAUGAAUCCUCCACUUCAAGUGAAGACCAGUUUUCUUACCCUUCAACACCAGAGCACUAUGAUUAUACACUGCAGGACUACAUGAGCAAGGAUGAUAUAGUUGUCCGCUUCUCUGAUAAAAUGGAAAUUGGGAAUAAGUUGUGUUUCUUUUUUGAGAAUAAACCGACUCAUCAUAUAAAAGAUCUUGAUUUACCACUAAUCUUGCAAACCAGUUACACCUUUUGUGAUGAUCAAAAUACAGAUGAUGUACUUGUCUGCUUUACUGACAAAAUGGAUAUUGGGAAAAAGUUGAAUUUUAUCUAUGAAAGUAAACCAACUCUUACAAUGAAAGAACUACAUCCCCCACCAGUUUUGCAACCUAUUUAUACACCAUUUGGAAAUAAAAGCAUUAAUGAUACAGUUGUCCGCUUUUCUGAUAAAAUGGAAAUUGGGAAUAAAUUGAUGUUCUCUUAUGAAAAUAAACCAGAUGUUCCUAACAAAGAUUUUAUUUCAUUGCCUGUCUUGAAAUCCAAUUAUACUUUAGAUAACGAGAAAAAGGAUGAUGCAUUUGUUUGCUUUUCUGACAAAAUGAACAUUGGGAAAAAACUAACGUUCUUUUAUGAAGAUAAGACAGUGCUACCUCAUGCUGAUUUUAUUUCAAUCCCUAUUUUAAAAACAGAUUAUACAUUUCAAAGACACAAGAACAAGGAUGAUAUAGUUGUCCGCUUCUCUGAUAAAAUGCACAUUGGAAAAAAAUUAACUUUCUGUUAUAAAAACAAACCUGCUAUUCCUAAAAAAGAAUUUAUUUUGUUACCUGUCUUGAAAUCCAAUUAUAUACAGGAUGACAUUGAUAACAAGGAUGAUACACUUGUCUGCUUUUCUGAUAAAAUGCACAUUGGGGAAAAACUAACAUUCUCUUAUGAAGAUAAGACGGUGCUACCUCAUGCAGGUUUUAUUUCAAUUCCUGUUUUAAAAGCAGAUUAUACACUGAAGGACUAUAAGAACAAGGAUGAUAUAGUUGUCUGCUUCUCUGAUAAAAUGGAAAUUGGGAAAAGGUUGAGUUUCCUUUAUGAGAAUAAAUUGACGCAUCAUAGAGGCGAUCUUGAUUUACCACUAGUCUUGCAACCCAGUUAUACAAUUCAUGGUGAUGAAAAAAUCGAUGAUGUGCUGGUCUGCUUUUCUAACAAAAUGGAAAUUGGGAAAAAUUUGAGUUUUAUCUAUGAGAGUAAACCAAUUCUUACAUUGAAAGAACUACAUCCUCCACCAGUUUUGAAACCUAUUUAUACACUGAAUGAAAAUAAAAGCAAAGAUGAUACAGUUGUCUGCUUUUCUGACAAAAUGGAUAUUGGAAGAAAAUUAACAUUCUAUUAUGAAAAUAAACGAAUUCCUCAUGUAAAUUUUAUUUUGCAGCCUAUCUUAAAAUCAGGUUAUAUACUGGAUGUUUCUGAGAAUGAAGAUGAUAACAUGGUCCACUUUUCUGACAAAAUGGACAUUGGAAGAAAAUUAACAUUCUACUAUGAAACUAAACCAACAAUUUCUAAUGUAGAUUUUAUUUAUCAGCCUGCCUUCAAAUCAGAUUAUACACUGGACAUUUCUGAGAACAGAAACGGUACAGCUGUCUGCUUUUCUGACAAAAUAAACAUUGGAAGAAAAUUAACAUUCUAUUAUGAAGAUAAACGAACAAUUCAUAAUGUAGAUUUCAUUUCUCUGCCUGUCUUGAAAUCAGAUUAUACACUGGAAGUUUCUGAGAGCAGAGAUGAUAUAGUUGUCCGGUUCUCUGACAAAAUGCAUAUUGGAAAAAAAUUGACAUUCUAUUAUAAAAACAAACCUGCUGUUCCUAAAAAAUAUUUUAUUUUGCCACCUGUCUUAAAAUCAGAUUAUACACGAGAUGACAAUGAAGAUGAGGAUGAUACACUUGUCCACUUUUCUGAUAAAAUACACAUUGGGGAAAAACUCACAUUCUCUUAUGAAGAUAAGACGGUGCUACCUCAUGCAGGUUUUAUUUCAAUUCCUGUUUUAAAAGCAGAUUAUACACGGCAGGACUAUAAGAACAAUGAUGAUAUAGUUGUCUGCUUCUCUGAUAAAAUGGAAAUUGGGAAAAGGUUGAGUUUCUCUUAUGAGAAUAAAUUGACGCAUCAUAGAGGCGAUAUUGAUUUCCCACUAGUCUUGCAACCCAGUUAUGAAGACGAGGAUGAUACAUUUGUAAGUUUUUUUGAUAAAAUACACAUUGGGAAAAAACUAACAUUCUUCUAUGAAGAUAAGGAAGUGGUAUCUCCUGCAGAUUUUAUUUCAAUACCCAUUUUAAAAGCAGAUUAUACAAUGAAGGACUACAAGAACAUAGAUAAUAAUAUAGUUGUCUGCUUCUCUGAUAAAAUGUCGAUUGGGAAAAAGUUGAGUUUCUUUUAUAAGAAUAAACCGACUUAUCAUACAGAAGAUCUUGAUAUAGCACAAGUCUUGCAACCCAGUUAUACAAUUCAUGAUGAUGAAAAUAUUGAUGAUGCACUGGUUUUCUUUUCUGACAAAAUGGAAAUUGGGAAAAAGCUGAAUUUCAUCAUUGUGAGUAAACCAACUCUUGCAAUGAAAGAACGAGAACCUCCACCAGUUCCGCAACCUAUUUAUCCAAUGUCUGAAAAUAAAAGCACUGGUGAUAUAGUUGUCCGUUUUUCUGACAAAAUGCAUAUUGGAAAAAAAUUUACAUUCUAUUAUAAAAACAAACCUGCUAUUCCUAAAAAAUAUUUUAUUUUGCCACCUGUCUUAAAAUCAGAUUAUACACAAGAUGACAAUGAAGACAAGGAUGAUACACGUGUCCGGUUUUUUGAUAAAAUACACAUUGGGAAAAAAUUAACAUUCUUCUUUGAAGAUAAGGAAGUGGUAUCUCCUGCAGAUUUUAUUUCAAUACCCAUUUUGAAAGCAGAUUAUACAAUGGACUACAAGGACAUAGAUGAUAAUAUAGUUGUCUGCUUCUCUGAUAAAAUUUCGAUUGGGAAAAAGUUGAGUUUCUUUUAUGAGAAGAAACCGACUUAUCAUACAGAAGAUCUUGAUAUACCACAAGUCUUGCAACCCAGUUAUACAAUUCAUGAUGAUGAAAAUAUUGAUGAUGCACUGGUUUUCUUUUCUGACAAAAUGGAAAUUGGGAAAAAGCUGAAUUUCAUCAUUGUGAGUAAACCAACUCUUGCAAUGAAAGAACGACAACCUCCACCAGUUCCGCAACCUAUUUAUCCAAUGUCUGAAAAUAAAAGUACUGGUUAUAUAGUUGUCCGUUUUUCUGACAAAAUGCAUAUUGGAAAAAAAUUGACAUUCUUUUGUAAAAACAAACCUGCUAUUCCUAACAAAUAUUUUAUUUUGCCACCUGUCUUAAAAUCAGAUUAUACACAAGAUGACAAUGAAGACAAGAAUGAUACACGUGUCCAGUUUUUUGAUAAAAUACACAUUGGGAAAAAACUAAAAUUCUUCUUUGAAGAUAAGGAAGUGGUAUCUCCUGCAGAUUUUAUUUCAAUACCCAUCCUGAAAGCAGAUUAUACAAUGAAGGACUACAAGAACAUAGUUGUCUGCUUCUCUGAUAAAAUGUCGAUUGGGAAAAAGUUGAGUUUCUUUUAUGAGAAUAAACCGACUUAUACAGAAGAUCUUGAUAUACCACAAGUCUUGCAACCCAGUUAUACAAUUCAUGAUGAUGAAAAUAUUGAUGGUGCACUGGUUUUCUUUUCUGACAAAAUGGAAAUUGGGAAAAAGCUGAAUUUCAUCAUUGUGAGUAAACCAACUCUUGCAAUGAAAGAACGACAACCUCCACCAGUUCCGCAACCUAUUUAUCCAAUGUCUGAAAAUAAAAGCACUGGCGAUAUAGUUGUCCGUUUCUCGGACAAAAUGGACAUUGGAAGAAACUUAACAUUCUAUUAUGAAGAUAAAACAACAAUUCCUAAUGUAGAUUAUAUUUCUCAGCCUGUCUUGAAAACAGAUUAUAUACUGGACAUUUCUGAGAACAGAGAUGAUAUUGUGGUCUGCUUUUCUGACAAAAUCCACAUUGGAAAAAAAAUAACAUUCUAUUAUAAAAACAAACCAGCUAUUCCUAAAAAAGAUUUUAUUUUGCCACCUGCCUUAAAAUUAGAUUAUACACGAGAUGACAAUGAGAACAAGGAUGAUGAUACACUUGUCCGCUUUUCGGACAAAAUGCACAUUGGGGAAAAAUUGAAGUUUUUUUAUGAAGAUAAGACAUUGCUACCUCAUGCAGGUUUUAUUUCAAUCCCUGUAUUAAAAGCAGAUUAUUCACUGCAGGACUGCAAGAACAAGGAUGAUAAUAUAGUUGUCUGCUUCGCUGAUAAAAUGGAGAUUGGGAAAAAGUUGAGUUUUUUUUAUGAGAAUAAAUCAACCGAUGUUGAUUUACCACUAGUCUUGCCACCCAGUUAUAUAAUCCAUGAUGAUCAAAAAGUGGAUGAUGUACUGGUCUGCUUUACUGACAAAAUGAAAAUUGGGAAAAAACUGAAUUUCAUCUUUGAGAGUAAACCAACUCUUCCAAUAAAAAUGUGUGAAAUACCUGAUCUUGGUGAAACAAGCACUGAUGACCUCAUAGAUUUCAAGACUGAAACAAGCCAUUUAAGCAACUCUUCUGCAACAAGUGUAAUGCUAGGCAAUUCAGGACAAUAUUUUACAAAAUGGAGAAAACAUUUUGAUAGCUUUUCUGCUUCUUAUGUUUAAACAAUAUUGCAUUUUUCUUAUGAAUAAAACCAGAACAUUUUAAUAAUGGAGCAUUAUUCAGGAAUCAUUCAAGAUCUUCCAUGAAUUUGGAAUUUGUUUCUCAUUGUUUUGGAAAACAGCUUGAUAUUUAUGCAUUCUUUGACCUUGAAAUUAAUAUUUAUAAAGUAAAGAAGCCUAAUUGUUGUUAUUUUCCUAUUGCAACGAAAAAUGCAGUUUUUUUCCUGUAUUACAGUAUCUACCUGUAAAUGAUAUGCCUCUUUUCAUAUUAUAUAAUAAAAUAAUAUUCAAUAUUA